UUCUCCACCCAGAAAGAAAAACGCCAUUUCGAGCGUGCGCCUGUCUACCGACACACGAUUUUCGAGCCAGACCCACGAAGAACGAUGGUGCUGCCAACGUCCGUCGCCGACGCGGUCGCGCGGCUCUCGGCGGCCCUCUCCAGCACGCUCUUGGAGCUGCAGACGCACGUGCGCGACUUGACGGCGACAUUGUACGCGGCCGAGGCGCCGCUGGACCCAACGACGUUGGAGGAAAAGUCGACGGAGCUCGAAGCCCGGGCCGACGAGGCGGCGCAGAGCCUCACGAGCCAACUUGAAUCUUUCUUCUCGACGUGGUCGGCGACGUGGACGGAAUUGACGAGCCCCGUGGCCGAGCGUUAUGGCGCGACCGCCCGCGACGUCCUGGAGAAGAUCGAAGGGACCAAAGUCAUGCUCGAGCAAACGCUGGGCGAAGGCAAGCUCCAGCUCCAGCUGCACUACAACGCAGCGAUGCGGUCCCGGCCCGCGUCCACCACCAUGGUGCACUAACCACCAACGGACCAGCACGCGUUUCGAUCGAAGCGACGACGUGCUUCGUCAAAGCACUUCUUGGCCCAUACCCUUGGGCCACCGUAAUCUAUAUACCUGAAUGUACAUAUAUCUAUAUACCUGAAUGUACAUAUACGUUGACCUGAUCGCUGGUUCGACGACAAGCUUUUCUUCAUUGACUAACUUCGUCGAAGAUGUCUCCUCUACCUCCUAAUGAACUCGGAAC